AUGGAGCAGACUACCGAGGCACAGGUGCGGGGGACUUCUAAGGACUUGGAGCGUGGACCUGAUGUGCUUCCACGCAUUUCCAAUGUGUCGGCCGGCGAUGGAAUCGGCUCGGCUAUAUCCUCAUCGAACUCAUCUAUCAUGGGAGAGGAAUUGCCGCCAGAUCUCGGCGAGGAAUGGGGCCCCCAGCACCCGUGUUUCCCGCAUCUAAAUCCCCACGUUCCGAUCGACUCUCCCGAGUAUCACAACACGCGUAUCAUUCGCAUUCGGCGGGACUGGUUGUUGGAAGGAGAUUUGGCUCCGACGUUCUCAAAUCUAUACCCCGAAAUUCUUGACCCGGCUGGUUUGUCAGAGCAAGAGUUCCGCCGUAUCAUCGACCGGCUGAAUGGUGAGCUUGUGCCAAUAUUCAGCCCAUACAACUGGAGAAACAUAAUGGACAGUGUUCUGGGUUUAGUGACGGGGUGGUUGUGGGAUGACUUGGGCUUCACUGGCGUCAAGGCCCGGCUGAAGCGUCUGGAACGGUGGGUAGACCAAUGGAACAACGAGAUGGAAAAGACGGUGGGCAACGAAGACCCCUCAACGGCGCCGCGCAUUAUUUCGUUGAGGCGGACGGGUUACAUGACUCUGGACAUACAGAUUCCUGAUCCUGAAAUCGCCCCGGCCCCAAGCACACCAACAGGGUCGGGGAACAUGCCCAUGGAGCCUCCGGCUGCCGUGACGGCAUGA